AUGUUACAGUUGCCUGGUGCUGGAAAUUUUGGAAGCUUUUCCGAUGCAAAGAGGAACAACGAAGAUGAAUGUUCCGUUAAGAACGGAGGGUGCUCGCAUAAGUGCGAAAACACCAAAGGUUCCUACAACUGCUCCUGUCCAAAUGGCUUUGAUAUUGACUCGAACCAGCUGAAUUGCAAAGACGAAAAUGAAUGUUUCGUUUAUAACGGAGGGUGCUCGCACGCUUGUGAAAAUACCGAAGGCUCCUUCAAUUGUUCGUGUCUUCCAGGCUUCUCGCUUGGCUCAGACCAGUUGACGUGCAACGACAAAGAUGAAUGUUCGUUUAAUAACGGAGGGUGCUCGCACGCUUGUGAAAAUACCGAAGACUCCUUCCAUUGCUCAUGUCUUCCAGGCUUCUCGCUUGGCUCAGACCAACUGACGUGCAAAGACGUAAACGAGUGUUCCGUUAAUAAUGGAAGGUGCUCGCACGCCUGUACAAAUACCAUAGGCUCCUACAAAUGCUCCUGUCCUCCAGGGUUCUCUCUUCACUCGAACCAGUAUAUUUGUAAAGACGAAAAUGAAUGUUCCGCUCAGAAUGGAGGGUGCUCACACGCUUGUGUCAACACCAAAGGCUCUUACUUUUGCUCGUGUCCUCCAGGAUUUUCCCUCAGCUCAAACCAGUUCUCUUGUAAAGAAUGGAGGAUGCUCGCACUGGUGUGUCAAUACCGAAGGCUCCUACAAUUGUACGUGUCCUCUGAGCUUCUCUCUUGGAGCGAACCAACUGAGUUGCGAAGGUAUGCUUCGCCGAACAGUUGUUGCGCUUCUCGUAAAAAACAAAUGCUGACGACUGACGAGGAGCAGAAACCAUUUAUAAUUUCUCCUUCCAGCCAGGAACAUUUUGAUGAGUUAGAAAAUAACAAAAUGCAGAAACCUCCGCCUUAUGAAGAAUGCAUAGAUAGAGUAGAAACUACAGUGUGA